AUGCCAUUCUCGCAUCACAGCCAUUCGGGCCAAUUCUGCCCUGGCCAUGCCCAAAACUCCCUGGAGGAUAUCAUCAAAACUGCCAUCGACAAGAAGAUGCAAGUCUUCUGCCUGACUGAACAUAUGCCCCGCCAUAAAGAAGAUUUCUACCCCGAGGAAAUCGAAUAUGGCACUACAGAAGAAAGUCAUGCAGCAAACGAAGCUGCUUACUGGGAGGAAGCAGUUUCUCUCCGCGAGAAAUACGCCUCCCAGAUCAAGAUCAUCAUCGGCUUCGAGAUUGACUGGAUCCGACCCGCCUCCAAAGAUUUGAUCGAGCGCUCACUGUCACGGUUUCCUUUUGAAUUCUUUAUCGGCUCGGUUCACCAUAUGCACACCAUUCCGAUCGACUAUGACCGGCCUAUGUAUGAGCAGGCCCGAGAGCAAGCCGGCGGAACAGAUGAGCGGCUAUUUGAGGACUAUUUCGAUGCACAGCUGGAUAUGCUGGAGAAACUCAAGCCGCCUGUUGUGGGUCAUUUUGAUUUGAUUCGCCUGAAGAGUGAUGACAUGGAGCGGAGCUUUACUACCUGGCCUGGUGUCUGGAGUAAGAUUUUGCGGAAUUUGGAUUUUAUUGCCUCGUACGGCGGUAUGCUGGAGCUCAACUCGGCUGCAUUGCGCAAGGGAAUGACUGAACCAUAUCCUAAAGCAGAGAUUUGCAAGGAAUUUGUGGCGCGUAAGGGUCGCUUCUGUUUAUCUGAUGACAGUCAUGGAGUCGAUCAGGUUGCUUUGAACUUCCGCCCUGUUCUUGAGUUCUUGGAUCACGCUGGUAUUUCAACGCUGCAUUAUCUACAAUUGGGAGCGUCGGUGUCAUCUCCUGCGCCCGAUGCUCGGUUCCCUACAACACAAGUUGCGGAGGUUUCAGUGGAGGACGUGAGGAAGAUGGCAUUUUGGUCAUAA